AUGGAAGAUGCUCACACCAAAUGUCUUGAACAGCACUUUACCUCCUACCCUGAUUGCCUGCGGCCGCUCCUGGUCUCCCUGAACGGGCACAACUCGUGGCUAUUGUCCUUGCCACGGCCAUGGGUUGAGCAAAAGCAGUCGGGGAGGGCCUACUUCCAUAUCGUCCUGGAGCCAUGGCUCGUAGGACCAGCUGACCUUGUCGGGUCUUGGUUCAUCCAUAUCGAAUUGCCGUCGGCGCCCGCGUUUCCCACAGCGGAUGCCGUAGAGGCAGUUGCUCGCCAGAUUGAAGACUUGGCCUUUGAGCACGUCCUAAACAGGCGCACGUCCAAUGAAGUCUUCAAUCCCGCCAGGCACAUUGACGCCAUCCUGCUGAGUUUCCACUAUUAUGACCAUGUACAUGAGGCUACUCUCAGAGAGUUCCACGGAAAUGUGCCAGUGAUUGCAACUCCUCAGGCGGCUCGCAUCAUCAAGCCCUGGAACCACUUUAGUACCGUGGCCAUCAUCCGUGAUGUCCAGCCUGCAGUUGAUACCUCGUGGCGCGCGUCAGAGUUGCACCCCGGGCGCGGUCUUCCCCCGUGGAUAACGGUGCUGCGCCUCCCAGGACACCGCGAGAUGAACUUUUGCACAGCCAUCAUCUGGACACACAUGGACGACGACGACGGCAUCGAGGUACACGAGUCCAUCUUUACCUCGCCGCACGGCACCCUGCUGGAUCAAGGCCCCCUCCAGGCCUUCCUCGACGCGAAGCCAAAUACUCGCAAGCUGGCCAUGCUCCACGGCAGCAAGGAGAGCCACAUUGGCGGCAAGCAAACCAGCUUGGGCGCCAAAAGCGGCCUGGCACUCUACCGAAAGCUCGGGGACCCCAAAUACUGGGUUCUCUCGCAUGACCUACCGCUGACUUACACGGGCAUCUUUAUGCGCUUGUCCCGCGCCGCCGAUACCUCACGGGCGUUGGAAUGGGCACUGGACCAGGAGAUGUUAGAGGACCGCGUGCACAAGAAGCGACCCGAUGUUUUUCAAGUGAAGAAUGGCGCUUGUUUAGUUUUGGAAGCAUAG